CGGGGCGGGGGCGCCUGGGACUUCGGCGCGGCGUGCGCGGGCACGAGGCGUAGUGGCCUCCCCUAAGGCUGAGGCGGCGGCGGGUGUGCGAGGCGCGGGCUGUUGUGCUCCCGGCUCUCCUCUUUCCCCACCUCGGCGGGUGGAGGAGGCCCAAGCGGUACUGGGUGCGCUCCCCCUUCCUCUCUCUCCGGCGUUCUCCCCCUGCCCUCUCGCGCUGCGCUGUCUCUCCGACGCAAGACUGUCCCGGCCCGGAUAUGGCUCGUGGACAGCAGAAGAUUCAGUCUCAGCAGAAAAAUGCCAAAAAGCAAGCUGGACAAAAGAAGAAACAAGGACAUGACCAAAAGGCUGCUGCCAAAGCUGCCUUAAUAUAUACCUGCACUGUCUGUAGGACGCAAAUGCCAGACCCUAAGACCUUCAAGCAGCACUUUGAGAGCAAGCAUCCUAAGACUCCACUUCCUCCAGAAUUAGCUGAUGUUCAGGCAUAAGGUUGUUUACAGGGUUUCCCAAACUCUUGAUUGCCUCUUGCAAGCAGAUGACCUGGGAGCAAAUGUCAUGGCAGAAUGAUGGACUCCUAGCAAGGGCCAAAGCUUGCCCUGUGAAGACUGGAAAGAAUAUAUGCUUGCCAGAGAUUCGGUAACCUCACCAAGAAGACCUUAAACUGCAAUUUAAGAGGGUGGAAAAAAUGCUCAGGUGAAACUGUAAACCCUGUUACUUGUAAGAAAACCUGUGACACAAAGCAAUUGGAGAAUCUCUUAAUUUGCAUGCAAAAAUAACAGGAGGAAAAAGUAAGGAAUGUUAUAUCUGAUUUCAAGUGUGAAUAUGAAGCAAAGGAACUUGAGAUGUUAAUACCUGGAAGAAAUCAGGAUUUCCUAGAUACCCCUGAAGCACAGGGCUCAGGACUAGAAUGUGGAAGGCCUGAGAGAAAGGAUAGCAGAGGAGCAGUGUAUGUCCAAAAUAUUUGAAAGUACACAGAACCAGAAGCCUGCAUGAAGAAGCGUGGUGGAGAAUAUUUGUGUGGAGAUGAGAGAGACUCAGGUGAUUCUAUCAUGGGAGCAGUUUAAAACCAGGAACCACAAGCCACUACCAUCCGUAGGCCAUGUUUCCUAACCCCAGUCUCAAACUAAGACAGGCAAGAUGUAGUAAAAAUGUUUUUCAGCUCCCUAGGCCUUUAUUAGAAUGUUCAGUCUGGUCAGAAAGUGCAUUUGGCAAAUUGUUGACUUGACAAUUUCAUAUCUGAGAAACUGAAUGAAAAAAAAUGAGAGUCUACUAUCUAAUUCUCACCAAGAAGGAAAAUUGUAUCAUUGUAGAGUUUACAAUUACAUGUAAAAGAUAUAUUGUGACUAGUAAAAACGUGGUGUGAAAACUCAGAAAAGAGCCAAAGCUAUACCCAGAUUCUAGCAGGGAGACCCUGGGUAAUCAGGCAACACACUCCAAGGUAGAAUGGAGUCAGGCACCGGGGUCCAGGAGACUUAACUUUAGUGAGAUAGAUUGUGCAAAGUUGAGAAAAUUAUAGGUAUGAUUCCAUGGCCAGAAACUAGAGGGAAUAUGGUGUAAGAGGAAUGGAGCCGUAAAAAACAGUUCUGUCACACCAUCACUUAUAAUCAUUGUGAGAAAGAAGUAGCUCAGGUACCUCGCAAGGCCUGGAAUUGCAUUGAGCUCUCCGACAGACGAGAGGCACUCACAGGGUACCUGAACAGCACCAGCUGCUAGGAAUUGGAUGGAAGGCCAACUCCUGAAAAGCUGAGGCUUUCAAAUGUGUAAUGGUCAAUAUAAGGAGAAGUUAUAUUUGGAGAUUAAAAAUUUUAAAGGGAGUAAUGUAAAGACAACAGCUGACAAGAAAUGAACAGAACACUGCAGUUGGGAGGGAUUGGUAAAGAAAGACCCCAGAAAUGCUGGGAACAUCAGAAAAGACAGCUUUGUCAGCAUCUGUUUUUCUGACCCAGAAUAAGAUAUUCCUUUUAGAUCUGCUGGUCAAGAUAUAGACCUGAACUCUAAGCCAGCCCUGGUCUGUGAGGUUAUUGCCCAUUCAAGCCCAAGACUGAAAAGCUUUACUUACAGUAUUUCAGAUCUUGCUCAAGGUGUAGUCCUCCAUGCUUUUCAAGGCUGUGUGUCCCAUUGGGUAAGGCUGUGGUCUUCAGAGUGAGACAGCAGCAUUAGAACUGCUUGGCCCGCCUGCCUGUUACAAAUGUAGGUGCUGGUACCUCUCCCAUUACCUACAUCCCAAGCAAUUUAGAACCUUCAGGAGGGCAGGAAGGGAGCUUCAGAAAUCAGCAUUUUCAAUAUAUUCUUCAAGUGAUUCUAUCCAAAAUUAGAAUUUUAGAACCACUGAGCUAAGUCAAAUAACACCUCUUGUUGCUCAGAGCUUCCAUGAGUAUAUGGGCUUACAGCCUGAAAAUCCCUUUUUAUCAAAGCUUUGCUGCAAUGUAACUCAUGGGACAACAGACAAGAUUUCCUAUGGAAGUCAGGCCUUUAAAAAAAGAAAGGUUAUACUUUUCUAAUGGUUAGAUUUGCAGUAAUUCUCAACCCUGCAUGUUAAAAUCUCCUGGAGAACUUUUAAAAACACACAUGCCCAUGCCCCACCCCAGACCAAUUAAAUCAGGAACUCUGGAGUGGGGAUGGGCAUGAUUGUUUGCUUGUUUGUUUGUUUUUGUCUUGUUGUAAGCUUUCCAUGUGGUUCUGAUGUGUGGCCCGGGUUGAGAACUACUGCUGUUUAAACUUUAGAAAAAUAACACUUUAAAAAAGGCUCUAUUCCAUGUGAUACAUCUUAUCCUUUCACAUCAACAAAUAACUCCUACUUUCUAUUUCUUCUUCAUGAAAGGUGGUGUUCUCAUUUCUCAAAAUUAGAAAGGAUGAAACAAACAUGGUUAAAAGAGAACACAAAAAUGUGUGUCUAAGCCCUAAAAAUUUGCUUUUGGGGCACUGAAAAGAUAGGCAGAUAAAGUUGCAUAGCCAUAAGUCCUUAAAACUUAUGAUAAAUGAGAGUGGCCAAAAGACAGGAAUCAAGGAAAUGUCAACCCAGUUGUCCAAAAGGUGACUCACGGACACUACCAGCUAAUAAAAUUGAAUGUUUCCUGGGAAAAAUUACACAAUGAUUAUUUUAAAAGGUAAUUUGUGAGAUUUAAAAAGGAAUCAGGAAAAGUAGACUGUGCCUGUUCGGGUACAUUGAGGGGUGCUGGCAAUGGAGUUUAACCCUACAUGUGACAAAAUCACUGCGAAUAUCCUCACAUUAUAUGAUGGAUAUGAUGGAGAAAUGUAGACUGCGUGGUUACUCAGUUUAGAUGAAUAUACAGUUGCUUGAGCAUCCACAUUUAAACCUCAUUGAUAAUGGAAUGAUGUUUAACCUGGAGAGAGAGAUCUCUGGUCCUCUUUCUUGUUCUGAUAUUUUUUGAGACCUAUAGUUGUGAACCUCUUUGUCCUGGAAGUGAAUUUUAAUCUAAAGAAUUUCAUCCAAAGUGAUGUUAUACUCCAGCUUAGGAAUGUACAUGCACAUAUACACACACAGGAGACUUCGGAAAUAAAACUUGAUUUCUCA